CAUGUCUAACAAUUUCAACUUCAGCAUUCUGCACCACAACCUCAAUCACACAACCAACGUCACCUUCCCAUCACCCUCGAGAAAGCAAGCAAGAUGUUGAUCAAAGUCAGAACCCUCACAGGCAAGGAAAUCGAGCUCGACAUCGAGCCUGAUUACCGGGUAUCGCAAAUCAAGGAGAAAGUUGAGGAGAAAGAGGGUAUUCCGCCUGUGCAGCAAAGAUUGAUCUUUGGGGGGAAGCAGAUGGCCGACGAGAAGACCGCGAGCGAAUAUAACCUCGAAGGCGGAGCGACGCUGCAUUUGGUUCUUGCGCUGCGGGGUGGCUUUUAGAUA